CUGGCUGGUGACUGGGACUGGGACUGGUGACUGGGAGUGGGCCGAGCUGCAGGUGGUUUGGAGAGGUUCACUCGUUCAUCCCGGGAACGUCUCCAGGUUUUCUCGCGUCUCUCGCCUUGACUUCUGGACUCUGCUGGACCUGUUUUACUUGUCAAACAGGCUGGGCGGGAUCAGACACCUGUUUCCUGCCUCUUUGCUCAGUCCUUAGUGUGCAAAUAAUUUGUACUGCAUCCGGAUUAUACUCAGGAUUAUCCUCAAGCAGCUGCUGCAAGUUCAGAAAAGCGCGUUUUUAUUCAAAUAAAACCCUUAAGUUCAGUUUUUAAGCUGAAUAAAUAAUAAUUCUCAGGUUCUUACAGGUGUAGCAGUUGGGUGUUUUAAAGGUGUUUAUUGUUCCUGUUGCUAAACCAGGAAGAGGGCGUUGUUGUUUUUAACUCAGGCAGCUCAGGUCCAAUAGAAAGGCGCUGCGUAAAGGCGCACAGGUGAGGCGCGCGCAGCAGGUGAACGCGGUGAGACCACAGCGCUGCUCGUUGAAUCUGCAUGGAAAUAAAGCUACCUGGGCUGUGUGACACCUGCAGGGAGGUCAGCUUCUAGUAAAAGACAAAGAAGCGGGGAUACAGGAUGAAGGUGCAGCUGGUGUUACCCCUGACCAUCCUGACGUCAGCCAUGUUGGUGGGCUUCGUCAAAAUCCGGAGGAAGGAGGUGGAGAAGCAGGAGAAGCUGAGCCGCUUCCAGGACAUCAAGAUCCGGGUGACCAGCGAGGUGCUGCAGGAGUACCAGAACGACCAGAUCGAGGGUCAGAAGCACGUAGAGAAGGCUCAGAGCGACACGAAGAGCAUGGAGGAGGAGGUGGACAUGCUCCAGACCAAAGCGGACAAGACUAAGGGCGAUGCAGACAUCUGCCUGGGUGCCAAGAAAAGUGAUGCAGAUCAGUUGGCAGCGUCUGAGACUAAUUUAAACAAUGUUAAAGAGGAGUCGCAGAAGGAGAUGUCCGACCUGAAGAGAGAAGUUGAUGAGCUGAAAAAGCAGCUGGCUGAUCGGAGCCCAGUGUGCAACGUCCUGAAAGAAACCCCGGACCCCAUAAAGACUAUGUGUGGCAUUAAAGACGAACCCAAGCCUAAAGAAGAGGAGGCUCCCAAACCAGAGGAGAAAAAAGUAGAGCCCCCCAAACCAGAGGAGAAAAAAGUAGAGCCCCCCAAACCAGAGGAGAAAAAAGUAGAGCCCCCCAAACCAGAGGAGAAAAAAGCAGAGCCCCCCAAACCAGAGGAGAAAAAAGCAGAGCCCCCCAAAUAAUAAGAACUAAGUACAGGGACCUCAUCAGGCACUACAAUGUGUUUUUUCAUCUGAGAGUCAACAAACAUGUUCUCCAGGAUCCUGGUGUCCAUCAGGCUUCAUGGAUCUGGUUUUGCAUGUCCAGGAGGACACGGUUACAGAGGAUUUGCUUACUGAGCUCCUGCAGACUCACCACUGCAGACACACACAGAACAAAAACAUCUUCUGAAGAACCAAGAAAAAAAAAAACAGUUCUGAUCUUCUGAAGCAGAGUUUUGUGUGUCAGAGUUUAUAAUUAUAUAAUUACAUAUUACAGCAGGUCACAACACUUACAGUAAUGUUGCAUGAUG